AUGGCGACCCGCAAAGACCUUGCUCAGAGUGAGGCAAACAAGCGAGGAGAAGUGAUUGAAGUGAUUGUGGAAGAACCCGAUAUGAAUGCAUCCGAAGUGGACCUCAGCGUUGUGACGGGCCCGAACACGGGCCUAGGUAUGUCGAAUAUACGCGGUUCAACAUUCCCUGUCAAGAACAAAAGGACGGAGAUCUUCUAUCCCCAGCCGAAUUGGAGGCCAUUCUCUAUGAGAUGGCCGUACUUGCUACUAUUGGUCAUCCUGUCCGCGGGUCUUGGAAUUGGACAAGAAGUCCUCUACCAAAAGUCUGCCAGGAAGCCCUUGGUGAAGUUCCACGCCCCAGGAGACAUUGAGCCGAUUGUGUACUUCGCCUUCAAAUUCGCGCCGACAAUAAUUGCUGUUAGUUUUGGCGUUUUGUGGCAGAUCACAGAUUUCGAAGUGAAGCGGUUAGAAGCCUUUUAUCAACUCUCGAAAGAAGGCGGUGCGUCCGCGAAUAGGUCGAUCAAUGUGGACUAUAUAACUCACUUUAACUUCUUACGCCCCAUCAGAGCCAUAUUCCUUCAGCACUACGCUGUAGCUGUCUCGUCAGUCGCGUCGAUAUUGGCUGUCUCAUUAGUGCCCACUCUCGGUGCGGCGUCCAUAGUCUUAUCCCCCGACCGAGCGGCACGGUUGAAGGAUCCGGAUGGUGAGAAGCAGAUCCUGAUCCACCCAGUUUGGUCCCGGUUCUUGACUGCAACCCUUGUCAUCAUUGCCGUUCUGGGGUGUGUGCUGUUCUACCAGUUGCAGAGGAGAAGGUCGGGCCUGCUCGCCGAUGUUAAGGGCAUCGCCGGGUUAGCCGCGAUGGCCAAUGUCAGCCACAUCCUAAUGGACUUCAAGGACAUGGACGUUGCGACACAUAAUGAUAUACAUCAUAAACUGAAAAGCCAUCGGUAUGUUCUGCGAAACUCCUCACUGGCGCCGGAUGACGACACACCAUUGUUGAAGCACGCGGAGACUGAGUAUGAACGAAAUCAUCUAUCGGAGAAUCCGCAUCCAUUGAUGCUGCGACCAACUGGCGCAAUUCCAUUCAUCCUGGGCAUUGGGGCAUUCAUGGUGUUUAUACCGGUCUUCUUGUUCUCGCCGGCAGGAUAUCUUACUGACAAGGCUCCGUGGGUUGUAACCGCGCUUGCAGUCUGCAUCAAACUCGGUUGGGGCAGUCUGGAUACAGACGUGCGCAUGAUGGAGCCUUUUUAUCUCCUUUGGCGCCGGCACGCACCACCGAAGACGCUCACGCUUGAUUACACUGCUAUGCCCUUCGCCUGGGUGGCUCUGAAGGCAUUCUUCAACGGCCAUUUCCUGGUCUUUUUCGUUGGUUUUGGCACAGUCAUUGCGGAGAUUCUGACGAUUCUCGUCACGAGUUUGGCUACAGUUGAGGGGAAAGACUUCAUUGAGCAUCUUCAGCCUGGGCAUCCCAAGCCUGACAACGAGACGGAAAAGCAGAUCAAUGCGGGCCAGGAGACUGCGCUGUCUUUCUGGAUCUCGCUAGGGAUGGCGCUAUUCAUCCUUUUCUACAUGACAGUCAUCGCGACCAUUGCAUUUUUGCGGAGGAGACAUCCGUUCUUGCCUCGACAGCCGAAUACAAUCGCGUCGAUCCUCGCCUUCAUCCAUCAAAGCAAGAUGCUCUACGACUUUGUGGGCACUGAGAAGCUGAACCACUCUGACAUGGCUCGCACACUCGACCGCCUGGGUAAAACCUACGGGCUUGGCUGGUUCGAGGGCCGCGAUGGCCAGUCACAUUGUGGUGUUGACCAGGAGGAGCUUCUGGCUAGCUAUAAGCAUGGCGUUGAUUACUCCCUCAGCAACAAGCCCUGGCAAGAGACGCCGCUCUGGCUAUGA